UUCAGUACCUGCCACAAACAUGCCUCAGUGUUGCUAUUUUGACUCGGGUCACCUGUUGACCUGACAAGCUCGUGUCAGCGGAGAGCAAACGUGUCAGCUGCAGGUGGAAGCUCUCAGCAGGAGACGAUGCCGAGGCGCCGGCAGACGCAGUAGGAACCCGGGAUAACACAGCACUGAGGCAUCUGAGUUUGUGUGAAGAUUUUCCGUCUCUAAAGAUGUACGGCUUGUACUUGGAAGCGGUGAAUGAUUACAUUAACGAAUCCUACGGAGAGGAUGUGUGGAGACUGAUCGAGAACCGAGCAGAGAUACCACACCUCAAAUUUGUCAGACAUCAGAUGUACAAUGAUAACCUGAUCCUCCGGUUGGCAAAAGCAGCAGGUGAGGUUCUAGGAAAGACCCACGAUGAAUUGAUGUACGCAUUUGGUGUCUACAUGGUCAAGAGGAUUGGAAACUAUGGAUAUGAGAGAAUACUUAAGGUGUUGGGCCGCAAUGUCCGUGACUUCAUCAAUGAGCUGGACAACCUGCACGAAUACUUCCGUUUCUCCUUCCCAAAGGUGCAGCCGCCUAGUUUCUGUGUGGAGGAGGAGUGUGAGACAAGCCUCACUCUGCAUUACCGCAGCACCCGCAAGGGCUUCACCCAGUUUGUCAAAGGACAGCUCUCUCAAGUGGGACGUCAGUUCUACAACACAGACAUUGAGGUGGAGAUCCUGUCUAAAGAGGAAACUGAGAAAAUGACGUAUGUGGUGUACAAGAUGAACUUUGACAAUGCCGCCUUUAAGCACCGCAUGCCGCAGCAGAAGACGGCACCAAGCUACGAGAAGCUGCCAAUGAAGCGUGGUAUCUUCUUUGACAUGUUCCCCUUCAGCGUUAUUUUCCGCCGUGACAUGACCAUGUAUCGCAUCGGUGACGGCCUUAAGGAGGUGUUCUCUGACCUUCAGGGAAAGAAAGUCAACGAGGAAUUCUCUCUGGUCAGACCCAUGCUAGAGUUCAGCUGGGACAAUAUCUACACACAUUUAAACAAUGUGUUUGAGCUGGUGUCUAAAGCCGUGGUGGAAAGCAAACAGAAGGUCAGCAUCCCGAAACAGAACAAAGAAGAGACAAAUGAGAAAGAGGAGAGCGAGAAAGUAAAGAAGCAAGAUGACAAAGAGCAAAAUCCAGCAGAGGAGGUGAAGGGGAAUGACCAGGAGUACAGCAACACUGUCAACCAGUAUAACAGCUCUACCAACGCUGCAGGAGAAGACAUUGAAUUGUUGGCAUUCCAGACUGUCACGGGGAAGUGCAGUGAGACCAUAUUUGAGGACAUGCGGGAGCCUCCAAAAAAGCCUCUGCACCUGAAGGGCCAGAUGAAGUAUGUCCCCCAGUGGGACUCACUCAUCUUUCUGGGAACACCCAUCAUAGAGACGGUGGAGGACAUGAUAAAGAUGGGCGUCUACGUGAAUGAUCUGAACCUUCACGACUCCAGCAGAGAGCUGAUUUUGGCUGGGACGCAGCAGUCAGCUGAGCUGCAGCUGGCCCUGGAUCAGGAGCAACAAAAAUAUGCACAACUGCAGGAAAUCAUCAAGAAACUGGAUGAAGAAAAGAAAAGAGGAGACUCUUUGCUGUAUGCCAUGAUCCCUAAAGCUGUAGCUGACCGCCUCAGAAAGGGCAUCACUGCACUGGAGACAUGCCAGGUUUUCCCAGAUGUCACUAUCCUGUUCAGCGAUGUGGUCAAGUUUAAUGAGAUCUGCAUCCACAUCACACCCAUGCAGGUGGUCGACAUGCUGAACGAGAUUUAUAUCGUCUUUGAUACACUCAGUGAGAAGCAUAAUGUCUAUAAGGUGGAGACAAUUCGCGAUGCCUACAUGGUGGUGGCAGGUGUGCCCAAUAAGACCACCUUUCAUGCACAUCAUAUCUGUGAUAUGGCCCUGGACAUGCUGAGCUCAAUCGACCACCUUAAAGACCCCUCCACUGGGGACAACAUCCAGAUCAGAGUUGGUAUCCACUCUGGAAUGGUUGUGGCAGGUGUUGUGGGUCUAAAGAUGCCGCGCUACUGUUUGUUUGGUGAUACAGUGAACACUGCCUCCAGGAUGGAGAGCAAUGGAGUGGGCAUGCAGAUACACAUUAGUCAAACCACCAAAGACCAUCUGGAACAUGAACCAUAUAUCAUUGAAGAGAGGGGAAAAAUCUUUGUAAAGGGUAAAGGCUACAUGAAGACCUACUGGCUCAAAGGAAAGAAAGACUUAUCAUUCAAGACUCCAGCAGAAAUGCACUACAGCAAUGAGCAUAAAGACUCAGAGGACAAGCGCUCGAAUGGUUCCACAAGCCCUCCCGCCAAGCAUAUGGCCUCCAACCUCCACGCCACCAGUAGUGAGGAGCAAACAGAGGGGAAGCCCAGCCCCAGUGACCUCCCCCCGGAUACCAUACCACCACCAGAGGCUGCUAAUGAGACCUCCACUAUUUCAACUGAUCCUCAGCAGAAGCACAAAACCAGAAAGACUAAACACAACAAGGGGGACAAAUUAGAUCUAUCGCUGGGAAAUGCAACAGCAGAGACAGCACCGCUGGAAGAUAAGCAGGAGAACCCUUCCCUGAACAACAAGAGGAACAGCUUCAGGCUGCAGUACAUCAAGCUUCCCUCUAACCUGCCGCUACGCAGCACCACCUGCUCUAUUCUGUGACAUUAGAUCGUUCCAAUGUAAGGUGAAGCCGAUAGUCACAAUCAGUGUGACACUAUUUGGAAAAACCUUUUAAAUAAUAUACCGUGUGAAGGAUUGUGAACAUUAUGGGCAUAAGUUUAUAGAUAGCUUGGCUAACAGCGUUCAAGCUCAAUUUGCCCAGAGUGGCAUGUCACAUCCCUCCAACGCCGUCAUCAGACCCUCAGCCGUAAUUCUACUUCAUGAGUGUUAAUUUGGCCCAUUUCCUCAAUGAUUUAAAGUCUGUACGGUCCCAAGUAUAUAUUU